AUGGCACCGAAUUAUGAAAUUGAUCCCGUUCCACCUGCCCGUGGAGAUGCAGAAAGUGAAUUCGAAAUUAUAACGGAUAGCGAGUCGAUCGAAAUCAUUGAAGAAGUGAGCGAUGGAUCCACAAAUCGCUCGUUGAUAUCGGGAGAGAUUGUUCCGGCGGACGGCACCAGCAAUCAAAAUGUCGAGGAUCAGCAGAUCGUAUCAAACGAUAAACAACUGGAACAUCCGCCGGAAAUUACGAAUGGAAAGGGUCCAUCCAGUGAAGAAUCAGAAGAAUUUUCAAUCGAUCAGCAAAAUAAUGGUCACGGAACGAAUAAUUUUCAGUUGAAUGUUUCCAUGAAACAUGAUCGAAAGCAAGUAACGACUGUAGGCACAGAAAUGGAGAGUGAUGAAUCUUCCUACUGUGUCACUAGCUUCGAUUCCAAGAAUUUUUCAUUUAAAAGAUCUUACAGCCAGUCUGAUUUGAGUAACAUACAAAAUAGCAGAGAUCAUAACACAUUGAAUAAACCGGAACUAGUCGAAGAGGCAACUGAACUUGCGAAAAAGAAAAUCAUCACGUUGAAACUUGAACGCAAGUUUUUUUCAGGAACUGAGCAAAUCAAAUUCAAAUCACAUUUUCCAAUGAGAAUCGAUCAGCUGGGGUUUUCUGCUUGCAUCCAACAUGAAAAUAUGAUAUUUAAACUGCAUAACGAGGGUAGUUUGAUGGCUGCGGAUGACAAUUUCGUGGCGAAGGUAGUUUUAGCCAAUCCUCAGCUGCUCAAGGACACGAAGAACUUCAGACGGACGAAGGAAGUUUUACUUCAGCAGCUUCGGAUUGUGAAGGUCUUGCAAGAUGAUUUGUCUGAACGCAGUGAAAGUUGUCGAGAAGCAUUUUUCAGCGAUGUUAUAAAAUCUUUGAGCAUAGCCUCGAAUGACGAACAGUUCGCAAUUAAUUGUGUUCAGUUAUCGAAUAUUUUCAAGGCAUCACAGGAAACCCUAACUCGUGAAAACUUCUGUCAUGCAUUGACUAUCAAUUCUUCGAUAUCAGAAUACUUGAAGCAAUCGGCCGAAGCUUGGAAUGCAUCGGAAACGGAAAUUCUUGCUCGAAAUGAAAUAUUGGCUUCCUUUAAAUUUUCCGCUCCGAAACCAUCUGAUCAAGACUUGAUUGAAUCCGUCGAGAAAAUGUUGGACGAAACUCUUCUGGACUACAGAAAUUUGCUAUUGGAGAAGGCACCGAAGUAUCUUCAGGAUUUCAUUAAGGAUCUGAAUCCACUUGAACCGUUACUAAUCAGCACCGAUGAUGUGAAACUGUUCGCCGAUUUAUCCGGAACUCUAAGUGAAGAUGUUUUCGAAAAACCAAUCACUGAUCUUGCCGAUCGUUGGAUCUCCAAUAUCAAGACGAUGAAUGUCUCAAAUUCGAAGAUGUUUUUGGCUCAAAUCAAUCCAAUUUAUUUCUUCCUGUGCAAAAGUUUGGAUGAGUUAAUCGUCGAAAUUAGUGAGCGAACUGAGCAUUCAGUGAAAGAUCUGCUAACCAGUGACGGUUCCGGAUGGCAUCCGAUCAAGAAGAUCAACUGGAAGUCGGAGAGUUCUCUAGUAAAAUGCUUGGAACGAGAAUACUUUUUUAUUUACAAAUUGCUGAAAUAUUUCAAACCUCAUUCCAGUGCAAGUCAAAAGCGAUUUGAUUAUGAGAUGCAGUUAUUCAGAGAACCGGGACAAAAAACCACGUGGAAUAAAUUUGUCCAAAGCGCCAAGAAAUUUUUCGGAUUGAACAAAUCUUAUGCGAAUCCUCUUAACAUUCCUGAUGAAUUCUACGUCUGGUACUGCCUGCUUGACGAUGUACUCGCUAAUGUUCUUCCUGAAAAAUGUCAAUCGGGAAUUUUUGAAAAUAUAAUUCAAAGUUACCUAGAUCUUGUUUGCGAAGUGGGACGCGAUCAGCUGGAAACCUUGCGAGUCAUCACACAUAACACGAUUCGCUUUGUUGUCCAAACGUUGCCAUACGUGACGGAGAAGGACAGUCUUUUGAUCGACAGACAGAUCUUUCAGAAGCAGUUGGAUCUUCUUUUUCCUAAAACCACCGGAUCGAAUCUUUCCCCCAGCGAUUUCCGCGAUCUGGUGGAUGUGUUCAAAACCUACUUGGGGAAUCGAGAAGAAAUCAUUUCCGUUAUUCCCUACAAACUGAAUUUACCGGAAAUGGACACUCUGAGGGAUCAUUUAUUGGAGAUCGUGCUGCUGUCGUUGGAGAAGAAUGCUCAUUCGGAGCAGAUAAUCGCGUUCUUUCGAGCGUACAGUGAUCUGCUGGUUGAUCUGAACGAUGUUCGGUUCGAUUGGUAUGUGAAAAAGAUUAUCGACGACAAACAGACGAUUCCGUUCGAAGAACUGUAUUUCUUAGAACCCGUUGAAAAUAAUUGGACAAACACGAAGAAUAUGACCUACCGUGUUACAAAUCCGAUCAAAUUCUCCAAACUCGUACCAAUAAUAUUCGACAAUUGUCCUGCUCCGAAACACUACGUCCUUGAGGUCUUAUUGGAAAUAUUUUCUUAUGUAAAACUACAACUUGGCAAAACGCGAUGGGAGUCUGGAGAAAUACUUUCGCAAACAGAUCAAAUUUGCUCUACGAAAGAAUUGAUUUUUGCCGUUAGGAACUCCUUUCUGUACUUGCUGGAACAACCGGAUUAUGUUUCUUUUGAACUGUUCUUCGAUGAAAGGAUCAAGCCAUUUUCCAGUGCCAUGGCCAGCAGUCGAUCCCAUCGCGAUUUCACCAAUCGAAUCUAUCUAAUCAAGGAGUCUUUUUGGUACAUUCGGAAGCAAAAUGAAAUGGACUUGGAUCGAGCUUUGGAACUGUUCCGAGAGUUGAACAACGAAGUCGAAGUUGAAUUGUUGCGGAAGGCUUAUCAGCAGUACAGCGAUCAUUUUCAGCGUUUCAUGCAAUUGUCAAUCAAAGAAAACUCCAACGACGCAAAAGAAAUUGCAGAGCAGGUAUUGAAAGUCGUCUCUGAAGCACCAUUCGAAAAAUGGACCGGGACUUACAAGCAGGAAAAAAUACCGGAAAUCUUGGCUGGGCUGGCAGCGGUUUGGUCUGUUCUGGUUUCGAAGGAUGUCUCCACCACAGGAAAAUAUUUAAUCCCACACUGCAUUCAAAUUCUGUGCAUUUUGAGACUUCUGAGCGUGGAUCGAACGGAGGACGGAGUUGUAAAACAUCUGGCAGAGGUUUUGGCUGGGCAGGGAAAAUCGCUUGUUCUAGCAUUUAUGGCUGCCCUGUUUGCGUUGACCGGUCACAAGCCUACGAUCGUUUGCUACAAUAGUUUUCUAGUAGUUAGAGAUGAGACUGAUUUUGAGUCAUUUUUCGAAAUUUUGAAUAUAGAAGAUGAUAUCAGCUACCAAACGUUUGACGCAAUGGCAAAUGAAAUCAUUUCUCCUGUCGUUGAUGGUGAAGAAAUGGACCUUAGAAAAUUAGUCACGGAUAUGGUUCUAAAAGAUACGAUUAAUGACCACAAGAAGAAACUUGCUUGGGGAAUUUCUUCUAACUCGAUUUUGUUGAUUGAUGAAGUCGAUGUGUUUUUCACCAAACAAUUUUUCGGCGGCCUGUAUGGUCCUGCAGCCACAGUGACGUUGCAAGGUUUGGAUCUAGUACAAGAGAAAAUCUGGAGUCUGGUUACUGAAAAUCCUGCAUUAACAUCGGAAUUAAUUAAACAAAGCAUUCAUAAUUACAUCCAAUCAGCUGACAUGGCAAAUCAAAAGGAUUUUCAUGAUUUCCUAGCCAGAAAAAAACGUACGAGCUUCUAUAUCGUGACCAGACUUCGACGCUUUUGAAAAAAUGU